AUGUCUAUGGAUAACAUAUAACCUUUAUCAAAUAAUAACAAACAUUAAUUUGCAAUAAACUUUAUUAACAUUACAAGUUUCAUUAUUUAAGAUACUUAAUUUUUUGAUAACUUUAUAUCGUUCUUAUCAGUUAAUGAGUAAUAACUUUAAAAUAACUAACUACUAUAUUAAAGGGAGGCAAAGCUACUUAAAUCGUCUUUUAUUAAUAAUAAAAUUAAUUUGGAAGCUUCUCUUAUUUUACUGAAUAAUUUAGAUUAAGUUACAUUAGAUAAUUUAACUCUUAAGCUUAACAAAUUAAAUUAAAACACAUUUUCAUCAUUUAUACAAGUUAAUUAAUGCUACAAUAUUACAUUUAUUGAAUGUAUAUUUUAAGAUAAUAUAAACUCAAAUGGAUAUGGAGGUGUUUUAUAACUAAUAGAGACAUAAAAGGUUAAUAUAUAUUACUCACAUUUUAUUUCUAACUAAUGUCUUUAAAAAAAUGGAGGUGCAAUCAAUUUUAUAAAUGCAUAAUAUUUGGGUACUUUGGAUAUUAACUUUUCUGCUUUUGUCCUAAAUUAAGCCAUUUUAUCUACUGGAGGAGCUAUAAACCUAUCCAAAGUUAAUUUAAUAUUAAAGAAUUCCCAAAUAGAAUCUAAUAAAGCUCAAAUUGGAGGUGGAAUUUAUUAUUAAUAAAUAGUUCCUGACUUUGUAUUAUUAUUAUAGAAAGGUAUCAAGCAAAAUAAUACUAUAUAAAAUAAUUAUGCAAACAUCUAUGGUAAAAAUUUAGGUUCAACUUUAAGAAUAAUUUAUAUUUCUCAAAAGGAUAUUUCUAUUUAGAGCUCACAUAAUAUAAAUUACAAAUAAAACUCACUUGAAGUUGAAGGAAUUUAAAGUGGUGAUUAAAUAAUUUUUUCAAAAAUACAGAUUCUUGAUGAAGAAGGAACUCCUGUUUUUAUUCCAUCAAUUCAAAACUAAAAUAGCUUAAGUGAUGAUAUCUUACUAAUAAUUAGAUAGAUCAAUAUAGAAAUUACAUGUGAUUAAUUAAAUAUAUAAUAAAUAUAAUGUGUAGGAAAUUUAAAAUCCGGCGAUUAUUAAAAUGGAGGGUUUUAAUUAACAGUAUAACCUAUGUAUAAGCCACUCAGUACUAUGAUUAUGAAAAUAAAAUCAAAUGUGUUUCCACAAUUAGUUGAUUCUAAUAAUAAUAUUUAAACUAAUUAAGGCUAAUUAGAUCUUUAAGUGAUACUUAACUUUGAUCAAUGUAAAAUAGGGUAGAUUCAAAAAUAAUUUAGUAAUUCUAUUAUUUGUGAGUCUUGUCCAGAGGGAAAAUACUCAUUAGAUAUUCUUGAUGGCGAGUGCAAAAAAUGUCCAGACUCUGCUGAAUAUUGCUAAGGUUCAAAAAUUUAAUUGAAAAAUGGUUACUGGAGAAGUAAUGAAUUUACUGAUGAGAUUAUUUAUUGUAAUUAAAAUCCCGAUGUCUGUUAACCUGAAAGCAAUUAAUCAAAAUUCAAUUGUGCAAGAGGAUAUAUAGGUAUAAUAUGUGGAUCAUGUGAUAUUUAUGGUAAAAUUUGGGAUGAUUCAUAAAUCAGAUAGACAAAAAAUAUUUUCAAAGAUUCUAAAUGA